AUGGGCUCAAGGCAACCAGAGUUUGAGCAACAGUUCCAAACAGCCCUUUUGGAAUUUCGCGAACUUCGUCGGCAGCAGACACGAACCUCUGCUCGUGGUCAACAGUUCGUAUUGGUGAACAAUGUUACCGCACGACUUCGACAACGAUCUCCGAGCUGCCCUGCCAUCUACAACGACGAUCUGGUCAGAAUUGCACAGACGGCAUAUCUUCGAGAGAAACUUAACCCUCCUCGACUGCGAGUUCGAGAAUUCGACAACUGUCUUGAGGUUUUCUACAAUCUCCUAGAUAUCAACGCGCCAUCGCUGAUCCACGAGUUCUGGAACAACAACCUCACCACCCUCCCCAUCGAGCUUGAUGCCUUGAGAAAACAUAUAAAACCACCGCGUGACUAUCCCGACUUCCACGACAAGUUCUAUGAGAGUCAAUUUGCGUGGUGUCCCAUCAGGUUUGAAAUGGAUAUGGGCACUUCACAUCGCCACAGCAUCCACAACAUCAUCAGUCCCUUCUCACGAAAAGAGAAGAUCAAGCCGUACCGCGAUGGCAAAGGACCUCGAGUGAACACGGCCACGCUGUACGCCGUCGAGGUACCCGAAGAACUUGUUGGGCCCAGGCUUCAGAAGCAAAUGGCGUCAGCGAAGAUCGAGCGCCAGGAAAACGGCACCGACAGUUUUGGGACCGGCGAAGAGAGAUACCGCUUCGCCUUGAAACAGUUCAACUCGUCAAAAAGAGAGCACUUUAUCAACGAAAAGGAAAUGUUCAUCAACCUCGAAAACAAGGAAGGCAUGAUUAAGUACAUUGGCUGGUUCCAGAGCUUUGAGCCGGACGAUCGUGGAGGACUGGAAGAGUGCUGGAAUAUCGUAUUGGAGCUAGCCGACUUCGACUUUUACACGGCGAUUCGGAAGGAAUCACCCCCGAUCUCGGCAAAGGAGAUAUUGGGAUUCUGGCAGACCAUGGCAGAGAUUUCGGGAGCAUUAGCCUCUAUCCAUACGGUUGUCGUUGAUCGACAACAGUAUUUGACGUAUGUGUCUCGGUGUCUGUUCUUCGCAAGUAUUGGCUCAAUCCUAACAAUGAUGAACUAG